ACGCGCAGGGACCCCCACCAGGCCGCGCAGGCCCCAGCCCUAUGGAGCAGACACACAUAAAUGACUACCAGUGCAGAUGCCCACGCGGCUUGGUAUUUUGUCCCCACCGGCCGAAAUCUCCACAUCCAUGUACUUCUGCUUAAAUGCAGAGGCCCUGGGUGCGCCUCGGGGACAGCACCGACAAAACACCAGGUGGGAGCACACAGAAGAAACACAUUCCUGGAACUCCAGAGGGACUGUCCCAGAGACUCCUCCCCGGUGUUCAAAAAUCCACAACUCAACUCGGGACACAGAGGAGCCGGCCCUCAGCUCCUUCCGGCAAAACCUUUCCUGGGAAACAAGGUGGAACAUAAAAGAGUUCAUUUAAAACCUAACAGUCUUAUCACAGAGCUUCUCCUCCAGAGAAAAAGAGGAGACAAACUUCGGAGGCACAGAGACAUGCAUAAAGGAAGCAGGGCUGGAAAGUAGGCCCACCCCUACCCCCACCCCCCCUCCACCUCAAGAAGGUUCCAGGGGAGAACCUCCCACCCUCACCUCAAGAAGGUUCCAGAGAAGAAUCCUGCUCCCACUCCAUCCAGGUCACAAGGGCUGGAGCUCCAAAGGGCCCAGGACCCCCUGAGCCCGGCGGGAGGAGGAGGUCCAAGGAAAGAUGGCCGGCAGUCACCCCUACUUCAACCUGCCCGACUUCAUCCAGCCAUCGCCACCCUCCACUCCGCCCAGCCUCCCCUCGCACCAGCGCUGCUGGCCCUCUGAUGCCACCAAGGGCCUGCUUGUGGCCCUGCUGGGUGGGGGCCUGCCUGCUGGCUUCGUGGGCCCCUUCUCCCGCAUGGCGUACCAGGCUUCCCACUUGCCCUCGCUGGAGCUGCUCUUCUGUCGAUGUCUCUUCCACCUCCCCAUCGGCCUACUACUCAAACUGCGCGGUGACCCGCCACUGGGGCCUCCGGAUGUCCGGGCCCGCGCCUGCCUGCACGCCCUGCUCAACGUCCUCAGCAUUGGGUGCGCCUACAGCGCGGUGCAGGUGGUGCCCGCCGGCAACGCUGCCACUGUCCGCAAGGGUUCCUCCACCGUCUGCUCUGCCCUCCUCGCCCUCUGCCUCGAGAGCCAGGGUCUCAGCGGUUACGACUGGUGUGGCCUGCUGGGCAGCACCCUGGGGCUCAUCAUCAUUGUGGGACCCGGACUAGGGACACUGCAGGAGGGGACCAUGGGCUUCUAUACCGCCCUGGGCUAUGUGCUCGCCUUCCUGGGCGGCCUGGCAUUGUCGCUGGGGCUCCUGGUGUACCGCUCUCUGGACUUCCCCUCCUGCCUACCAACGGUGGCCUUCCUGUUUGGCUUGGUGGGGCUGGUGGGCUCUGUGCCAGGCCUUUUUGUACUGCAGACCCCCGUGCUGCCCAAAGACCCUCUGAGCUGGAGCUGCUUGGGGGCGGUGGGGAUCCUGGCCCUGGUCUCCUUCGUGUGUGUGAGCUACGCGGUCACCAAGGCCCACCCCGCCCUGGUGUGCGCCGUCCUGCACUCCGAGGUGGUGGUGGCCCUGAUGCUGCAGUACUACGUGCUCUAUGAGACGGUGGCACCUUCUGACAUCAUGGGGGCAGGGGUGGUGUUGGGCAGCAUUGCCAUCAUCACCGCCCAGAACCUCAGCUGUGAGAGGCAAAGGCAGGUGGAGGAGUGACAUCAAACCUGAGAGC